UGGUCCCAGUGGUUAUGCUCUGACUCUCCCGUGGGCAGCCCCCUCCUCCUCUUCCCCGCCCCUCUCUGGCGGCGCCCGUCUAAUUUCUCACGGGCUGAACUCAAGACGCAGCCCAUUAGGGCCAGCCUCCAUGAAAGCAACACUGAUGCCACCGUCUCCGUGUGGAGAGAAAGGAAGAGCGAGGCAAGUCUGUGUCCUGUGUCACAAUGGGUCUUUGUCCCGUCACCCCUGGUUUAAAUUAACAGGGACUUGUUUAAUUGAUGGCAGGACGACAACAACGACACAUCUGUCAGAUUGUUUGGUCAGUUCACCAACAUUUUGUAACGAGAGCACAGCAACGUGCUGUCAUUGAACCGCCCCGGUAGAGGGCUGGUUAACCGUUUGGCCAAAGUGUAAUGUAAGUUUAAGUGAUGUAUCACACGGUGCGGGUGCAUGUUUUGUACACGACUCCGGACUUGAAGCAGCUCAAUCCAGGAAUACGCACGCAGCUCAGUUUACCAGAGCAUGUCUAGAGCGUUGCUAUUUUUAAAAGUCUUACCAUGGUGAUGUGUUGGAAACAACAUUUUAGGGUGGAUUUAAAGUCAACCUCAUUUGAGCAGAAAAUGUAAAGGAGAACACCAAAAAAUGUGUGAAGUUCCAACUAAUUCUCUCUCCGGUCUGUCGAGUCGUGUACGGUGAAACUUAUGCUUGGGUACUUAAAAUCUCCAUUUUUCCCCCACUAAGACUUACUGAGAAUUGUUACAAAUGGGCUUAUGAGAAAUGUUCUUGCGAGUUAGACGGCAAAAACAAAGGUACUUUAUAAGCCCAUUGAGAAAGAUUUAAAAUGAUUGUUUAUUUUUUGUUGCGCCUUGUUCUACAAUCAUUAUUUAUUUGUAGGAGCUGCUGAUGUUGAAUCAACAUAACAUGACACAUUUAAAAGGUUGUUAUGCAGAUGCAAAUUAAUACAUGCCGCUUUUCUCCGCGUGAUGCAACUGUGGCCGCUCACCCUCGUCCGCGAGGGUCCGGGCCGUUCAGAUUGGAUGUGGAUGUUCGCACGCAGCCCUCCACCUGUGACCAUGCGGACUGCACACAUCUCGUUCCACACUCCAGUCCAGUUGGUCCUGAAAGCACCACGGACUGGUCUGCCAAGAAGAAGAAGAAGAUGAUGAUGAUGAUGAUGAAAUGGCUGCUUGUUUUGAGGAGAUCCUCCUUAACCCACAUUUAAAACCUCUUUGGUUUAAUGGGUCCGAUCAUUGGGAUGUCACCAGAUAAGAAAACGGAAAUUCCGGGUAUGCAAGAGGAGCGGACGGGGCUCCGAGGCGUCUGUGAUGUGGGAACGCUCCCGGAGGCGGAGUGUGCGUCAAGUCCGCUGGCGACCAGCGUGGAUCGUACUGGCGGUACUGAGGAUGAGGAGCUCACCAACCUCAACUGGCUGCACGAGAACCUGCUCCAGAACUUCACUCUGGGAGGUCCGGAAGCUCAACCCAGCGGCAGCCCGCUCUUCGACAUCGAGGGAGACUACGGGCCCAACCAGGGCCCGUCGUCGUCGUCGUCCUCCUCCUCCUCCUCCUCCUCCUCCUCGUCACACAGCAGAGGCAGGGAGCGGGACUCGUUGAAGUCCAAGCCCCCGUUCUCGUUUUCGCUCCUCAUCUACAUGGCCAUCGAGCAGUCGCCCAGCAAAUCUUUGCCCGUAAAAGAAAUCUACGGCUGGAUUCUCGAGCACUUCCCUUAUUUCUCCAACGCUCCCACCGGCUGGAAGAACUCAGUUCGUCACAACUUGUCCCUGAAUAAAUGCUUCCGCAAGGUCGAGAGGAGUUUGGGAAAGGCCAAUGGAAAAGGUUCUCUCUGGUGUGUUGACCCCGAGUACCGCCCCAAUCUGAUCCAAGCCCUUAAGAAGCAGCACUUCCCUGCCGCACAUGCCUUCUGCACACCGCCCGCUUCCCCACCCAGUGCCUCCUCACCCCCUCGCCAUCUCUUUCUCCAAGGCUGCUCAUUCAAAGAGUCUGACAUUGAUGCUGCCACUGCCAUGAUGCUCUUAAACUCUGCCCCCGGGCACCACGUUGACCCAUGCAAUUCUGACAGCCCACUUGACCUCUCCCGGCCCGACUCUGUCCUGGUGAGCAGUGAUCCAAAGCAGGACCACAACUACAGCAGCGUAGCCCUGCAGCGCUGCUCCUCCCGCUCCUCCUCCUCGUCUCUUUCCUCCCUGGACGAAGGAGGCUGCGACCGCAGGCAGUCCCACCGCGCCGGCAGCGAGGGCUUCCACAGCGACGAGGACUCCGACCUCUGGGACGAGAGGGGCGUCCACCAGACUUCUCGCCGUCCGCCUGCCAUCAAGUGGCCCGCCGGCAAGAGGGCGCGGCGUGAGGCCAAGCCGGAGCUGGAUGAGGAGCUGAAGGAAGCCGCCGGGUCCUUGCUGCACCUCGCUGGUAUACGCAGCUGCACGGAGGGCUCCAAACGCACUGUCAAGAGCACAAAACUUAACAGGAAAUAAUGAUGACGUUUGCCGCCGUCAGACUCCGGACCCUGUGAACCCUAACCUCUGACCCCUGACCGUGUGCCCGAGUGUGCCUCCUUCUCCUUAUCUGAUCGUUCAUUGGCCAUUUUGAGCCUUUUUUUGUUUGGGAAUAUCCCUGUCCAACAAAACAAAUGGCAAUAGUAUCGUUCACACAGGAGAACAAAGCCAUAUAGACUUUUGUACCUCGGGGGUGACUGCUGGGGGUGGUUGUUUGGGCUGUGGAGAAAACAUCAAGAAACCUAUCCAAAAUGACCUGCCUGCUUCUGUUGGAUUAGAAGAUUGUGAUUCAAGAUUUUUUUCCUCAAAAAAGACAAAAUGGGAAAAGCUGAAGGUUUUAUAACUCAAAGCGUUGCAUGCUUCCUCCUCAAACCUGUAUCCUCUUCCAAGUGAAUCUAUUUAUGAAGCGAAUGAGUGCAUGUUUGUAACAGACAAAACCUAACCUCCUGGUGUUAUCAUUCUCUCCUGUUUGUGCUAAAGAAAACAAAAUGCCACUGUUUUGAAAGGAACUCCUGCUCCACGAAUCCUCUUGCAAGAGAGAUGCAAUAAUUAUCCACAACCUUAACUUUCUUUGACUUCAUUUCAUGGUGGCAUUUUUAAGAGUCGAGUACGCUAGUUAAACUUUACAAUUGAGAAAAUGAAUGCGGUAGUACUAUUAUCUUGUUAUGCGAUAAAGUUAUUACACACAAGCUCUGGCUCUAUUUCAGGAUGAGCAAGAUGUGGAAAUAGUAUUACUCUGCCACUGCCAAAUUUAGUUGCAAAGUUAGCUCUACGACUUCGCUCCACUUUGUGCGGCCAUCACAGUGCUAUACAAAUGAAAGCUGUUUUCUUUUUCUUUUCGCAAAUCAAUUGCUCCUCCUGUCGAUCCCCUUCAUUCAUCCGUGUGUUUUUGACAUUUAUUGUGCAGACAUAUAUUCACAUGUUUGGUGACAGCCUAUGCAAAGUGAACAUCUGCCACUUGCUGCCAGAUGUUCAUCGGCUAUCCUCCAUAGAUUUUAUUUUGCGCGUGUGCGUGUAUCAUAGUGCAUGUCCACUUCAGCCUAAACCUGAGAUAUGACCGUCUUCACCGAAAGAGUUUAAAAUGUAAAGUUUAAAAUCACUGACACAGUAAAUGUGAUUGGUGUGAUGACCGACCUCCUUGCUCCGGCUGUAUCGUGGGGCUGCUCGGCCCUCUGCUGGCUUCUGGUCCUUUGUCAAUGCAAAGCUGGUUAAUAAUCAGAAAAGGAGCGGACGGGAAAUUAACGCAGCUUCUCCCUCCAAUAUUUGGGUUUUCAGUUCUCCCGUUUUUUGUUUGUUUGUUUUUUAACCAUGUACUUUAGAAAAUCGCAAAAGUAUACAGCUAAGUUUCUGUUGACCCUGUGGCAAAGCUAAUUCACGACUUGAAGGGAGGGUGAGUCAUGGUGCAGAUCACGGUGCAUGUUCCAGAGUAAAGGACGUCUGUGGCCAGAGAGCUUGAAGCUCUGAUGUUGUGCCCGAAGUUGUGUCUGGCUUUGAAUGUUUCGUCCUUGCUCUUCCUCCCUCCGACAAAAUAAGGAAGUGCACGCUCUCUUCUCAAGCUGUGAAAUGGAGUGUUUACCGUCAGUUGAUUGCAUGCAGUUCACUGAGGGGAAGUUGCGAGCUGCUUGGGUAAAAGUCCACAAUUGUCAUUUGAGCUUUUUAAAAAGGCUGACUCCGGGCAGCGUACAACACCAGGUAGCCUGGAAGCUCCGAGGGGCAACAGACAGAACAUCGUAAUGUUCCCGCAGUCUCGACCACGCUGUCACAGUGGCUGAGGACAGCAUGCAUGGUCAGUGCCAAACAUCUCCGUGUGCCACUGAUGUCAAAGUACAAAGAGCAGUGGUAACUUCAUUCCCCUGCUGCCACAAUGCAGUUGCGAGAGUAACAAUGCCCUCGUUUUCUGAAUCAUCCGCACAGGAAACGGGAGAGGACGCUGGUCAGUCGUGACCUCACCAGCCUCUUGGGUUAUUUUCGUAGCUUUUAGAGUGGGAACUGCUCUUAGCAGAGUAAGCUGCUGUUCUCAGCAGUAAUACUUGCAUACACUGGUCUUGUUUAGCUGUGAAAAAAAGAACACAUUAUUGUUCAUUAAUCAUCACCUUAUUUAUGACGUUAAUUUAUGGGAUUAUUGAAUGCAAAGUCUAUCAAACACUGGUCAUUUGAAACGAGUGACUAGGCACAUUUAUUGUUCUCCCUUUUGUAAACUCCGCUUAAUAAGUAUUUUGUUUUCUCCUUGUCUUAUUUUACAGCAAUACAACUUUUUUUCACUAUGUUAUAAAGAUGUAAGUAUUUUGCCAAUGUCUAUUGUUUUUAGAGCGGGUGUUUUUUUGUUUUGUUUUGUUCAAUCUAACCAUGACUGCCAGGUUUUCUUGAUGUUUUGUUUUGCUUUUUUGUUAGGCUGGAUAGUUUAUUAACAUUGAUCCUGAAACCUUUUGUUGCCAAAAUUGAUGCACAGCUGUGGUUUAAAAUUUAGGAUGGACACAUUCCCCAUUUUCGCAGAAGUUCAUUGACGAAGAUUGAAUCAUUUUCUUUUUUUUCUACAUUUGUCUCAUGUUAAUGUUUAGAUAUUGUGACUAAGAAGUCACAAAUUUAAUUUUGGCUCUCAUCACAGAUUGGAGCCUUAAAAAAAAAAAAAAAACUGCCACUCAUAACUCGAUGCUUCCAGUUAUUGUUAUGGGAUGUUGAAAUGUUCAGAACGUCAGUGAAAACUAGACCAGAGUCUCAUGACAUGAAACAUUUAGGCGUCCAACUCAAAACCCUGUUCCUUCAUCGCUUGACAGCUGUUGAUUAUUGAUUAUGCGAUUCUCAAAAUUUCUGUCGCAGUUCUUGAGGGUAUGAUGAACAUUGUUGUUGCAUUUGACAAAGUUGCCAACCCAGUAUCAGUUUGUGUCAGUUGUCUGCCAUGUCUAUUGGACUGACACACCUUUUUGGUUUUUGUAUGCUAACCUCUGUUGAUAAAAUGUUUAUAAGAUUUAUUUUCGCCAAAGAUAUGCAAUUGCAUUAUAUAUGGUAUUACAAAAUAUUAAUAAAAACCUGUUCUUGUUUU